ACUGCGACAAGGUGACAAAAAGGAGUUUAAUAUCGGGCUUUACAGCCACAGAUUAUUAUACAAAUGGCAAUAGGAAAUAUUGCCCACAUAAAAAAAAACGAAACUUUAGAAUAUACUAGACUGUAAGAACAAAGCGUGUUAAGAACCAAAUUAAAAACGCAGAGCGGAGAUUAACGAACACAUAUGUAUAUUCAUUCACCAUUGAAUGUUGUUAUGCUGCAAAGGACACGUAGGCACAACUGAAGGUAGAGCAAGCAAAAAUGCCUACCCAACUUCAUCAUUAGUAUACCGCGAUAUGCAGAGGUGAAAAGGACAUAUGCCACAAAUUAUACUACAUAUAUCAAGGCUCACAAAACACACAGUGGUUGAGCGACUAAAAAACUAUAAUAUUAAACUUCAGACUUUCUAAUUAUUUAUUAAAAAUUUAUUUUACGUCAGCAAAGUGUUCAGAUGAUCAUCCCACACAUAAUCACAGUUUUAAUUAAAAACAAUAAAGUUUGAGUGUUUCUCGUGACAAUUCUGAACUAAAGAAAAAAAUGUUUUUUUACAAAUAUAAAAAUAAAUAAGUGAUAACAAAUAACUGGCAUUCAGAAGACUACUACAGAUACAGCAAAUAAUACGAAUGUUAACUUAUUUUCACUAUAAGAAAAAUAUAUAUUUAUUAUAGUUUGAAACCAAAAGUUAACAGUCUCAUCGAUAAUCGUGCACAAAUUCUCGCAUACAGUUAAAAGAGGAGCUACAAGUAAAACGAUUCCUUGCAACAUUCACUUAAGAGAAGACAGCAAAAAAAUUUCAAGAUGCGGUUAUUUCCGGUGCGUUUAUCGAAUAUUACAAAAAUGCUCGAUAUGUACUCGCAGUUCAAUCCAUCCCCUUUGUCUAUAAAACAAUUUAUGGACUUCGGUCAAAAUGCAUGCGAGAAGAAAUCCUUUAUAUUCCUGCGUAAAGAGCUGCCCGUGCGUCUGGCGAAUAUCAUGAAAGAGAUCGCGUUGCUGCCCGACCAUUUGCUAAACACUCAAUCAGUGAGCCAGGUGAGCUCAUGGUACGUGCAAAGCUUCGAGGAGGUGCUGGAGUUUGAAAAGGCAGAACCGACGCAUAGUAACUUGGAAAAGUUUUGCAACACUUUGGUGCACAUACGCAAUAGGCACAGUGAUGUGGUGCAAACAAUGGCUCAAGGCGUCAUCGAAAUGAAGGAGCAUCAGGGCGGUCCCGUUGAUUGCGGCAUGGAAUCGUCGAUACAAUACUUCCUCGAUCGUUUAUACAUGUCACGCAUUAGCAUACGAAUGCUAAUCAAUCAGCACACUAUACUAUUUGGCCAGUUCCCCAACGAGCAGGGUCGUCAUAUUGGCUGCUUGGAUCCGGCCUGUCAGAUCUCAUCGGUGGUAAGAGAUGCUUAUGAAAACGCACGCUUUCUCUGCGAUCAAUACUAUCUGAUCAGUCCGGAACUGGAAAUCACUGAGCAUAAUCCACACGACAAAGCAAAUAAUCCCAUACGCACUGUUUAUGUGCCCUCGCAUUUAUACCACAUGCUUUUCGAGCUGUUUAAGAAUUCCAUGCGUGCUGUUGUGGAAAAUAACGAUCAGGAUAAAUGUGAAAAGCUGCCACCCAUUAAGGUGCUCAUAGCGGAGGGAAAAGAGGAUAUAUGUGUGAAGAUCUCAGACCAAGGUGGCGGCAUUCCACGUUCACAAACCGAUCAGUUGUUCAAAUACAUGUACAGCACUGCGCCACAGCCAUCAAAAUCCGAUCUACAUACAGUGCCAUUAGCUGGAUAUGGCUAUGGCCUGCCCAUUUCGCGGUUAUAUGCACGCUAUUUCCAUGGUGAUAUUGUGUUGUUGUCAUGCGAAGGAUAUGGCACCGAUGCGAUUAUUUAUAUGAAGGCACUAUCAGAUGAAGCUAACGAGCUCCUGCCCAUUUUCAACAAGACGAGCUCGAAAUUUUAUCGCGCCACCGUGCCCACUGGCGAUUGGUCUAAUCAGAGCUCUGACAUGAAUGCACGGCAGUUGAAUGCUUCGGCACCGAAGCGCUACAAUGACAUGUUAUAGAAUGAACCUACGAGGGACUCGGCAGUUGAGCAAAGUAAGCUAACGGUAGCAGUUGCAGAUCCAGCAAAUCUAUUGAUAUCACAAGCUCAGGCGCAUUUGUUGAACGAUAAGGAAUGAAGAGCAAUGGAAUAGAUGAAAGGGUUGUUGUACAAGGAAGUGUAAACCAAUUUUCGGAUUAAUCAAUUGACGUAACCCAAUCAGCACAAGACCUUUAACUUAUCAAAAGGGCGAGCAUAUACAUACAUAUGUAAAUUAAUCACGGCGUUAUUCAGGAAAUAUUGAAAAUGGUUUUCUAACUGAUAACGGAAAUUUUGCGACAAGUAGUAACUCAAAACCCCAAAAAGAGAAAAAAAAUUAAAAAAUUAUGGAAAUUUUGCAAUAAGUAGUAAGUGAGCAAGCAUUGUAACUAAUCAAGCUGAGCUGAUUAUGUAACAAGUAGCAAAAAGUGAAAAGGCACACGUGCGAAUAAAAAAUACAAUUAAUUAAAGAAAACUCAAGUAAAAAUAUCAUGCACAAGUUGGAGAGGUUUGUAGGUUCGUAAUUUAGAAUUAUGUCAUUGCGCUAAAAGUCGCCGGCGUUUGAUGAAAAGCGCACUCGGAAUUUGCCUUUGUGCGCAAACAGUCAGUCGCGGCGAUGAUUUCUAUUGCACAUACAUAUACACACAUACAUAAAUGCAUAUAUACAUUUACAAGUCGUAGAAUUAUGUAAGCAAACACAUUUUCAAACGCAUAAAUUAUUAGCAAAAACAUUCCCCUCAAAAGUCCAUAAACAUUUAUUUACUUGGCACUUUAAGCUCACAGCCAUUUGCACUUUUAUUCGUAUUUUUAAUGUGUAAGCGAACGAAGAAGAUAUCCGAUACUUUAGGUUAGGUAUAAGAAGUUACCACGAUUGUUAAGUUUAACACUUAGUCUUAACAGAGCAUUUGUUUAAACCGUAAUGAGUUAUAAAUUAAGUUUUAUAAAAAUAUAUGUUAAUGAUGGAUACCGAAGACGGAUAGAAAUAAAAUUGUUUGAUAUGGAAUAUGAUUUUUUUCUAGAGCUGAUGGAAAACAAGCUUCUGCUGAGAUGGCUGACCUUUGAAACUCAAAAUUUUUAAUUGGUUUUAAAAAGAAGAAAAUAGUUUUUUGUCAUACACGAAUCCAUUUUUAUUGCAUAAAAGAAUUUUCUUAAUUUUGAUUCAAAGUUUGAAUGGCGAUUGUAUAUAAUAGUGGUCCGAACUGAACAUUUUUUCAGAGCAACGGUACACGUUGGGCAUAUUCUAAGCCAAACUUCCAGGUGGCACCUUGUCAGAAAAAAGUUGUCUUUCCAAAAAAUUGACUUUGAUUGUUCAGUUUGUAUGACAACUAUAAGCUAUAGUGGUUCGUUUUGAAUAAUUUCUUCGGAGAUUGUACCGUUGCUUUGAAUAAUAAUUCGUGCUGAAUUUCGUGAAGAGAUCUCUCAAAUAAAAGGUUUACCAUACCAUGAUAUGAUUUACAUGAAGACCAUAAUGAUGAUUUGGUGGUCCGAUAUAGGCAAUUUUGACAAAUAAGCAGGGAGAAAAGGACGGACAUAUGCAAAAUUUCAGAUCGAUAUCUCAUAAACUCAGGGACUGUAUGUACAUACAGACAGAUGGGCAUUGCUUAAUCGACUCAGCCCGUCACUGUAAUCAUUUUUAUUUAAAGGGCGAUCCAUUUCGAAGUUCCCUACUUUUCAAAGAAAAACACAGAAACUUCAUAUUUAAUAGGUUGUUUAUUAUCAUUCGAAAGAACAUUCUAUUGCAUUUAUUUUUUAAAGAUUAUCUCUUUCAAAUGUUGGCCGCGACUACGUCUCAGAUGGUCCACCCAUUGAGUCCAAUUUUCGAUAACUGGCGAAUGACACGCGCAAUGUUUUUCUCCAACGACUGAAUCGAAGCAGGAUUGUCCUCAUAUACUUUAGAAUUUACAUGUCCACACAGGAAGAAGUCUAACGGUGUGAUAUAUGACUUCUUGGUGCCCAAUCGACCGGCCCAAAACGUGAAAUUAUCUGCUCACCGAAGUGUUCUCUCAAUAAAUCCAUUGAUUGAUGCGAUAUGUGGGAAGUGGCAGCGUCUUGUUGAUACCAAAUGUCACUAAAAAUAAAAAUACGUUCUCACCGGUAUCAUUUUUGAAGAAACAUGAUUGCACCGACCCACAAACCACACCAAUUCGCUAAUUUUUUCUGGAUGAAAUGGCAGCUCUUGAAUCUCUUGAGGUUGCUUUUCGUCCCAAAUGCGGCAAUUUGCUUGUUUACAUAACCAUUGAGCCAAAAAUAGGCCUCAUCGCUGAACAAAAUCUGGCUCGAAAACGUCGGAUCUUCUUGGAACUUGCCAAGAGCCCAUAGAGAGAAAUGAUGUCCCUUGGGAAGGUCGAGCGGCUUCAGUUCUUGGACAAGCUGUAUUUUGUACGCUUUCAAUUUAAGUCAUUCAACACGUCAGUCCGAGUUGCUGCGAACGGCGCCGAAUCGACUCGCGGUCGUUCUUCGUGCACUCUUUAGCUGCGGCUGUUAUAUUUCUGCAUUCUGGACGUGGUCUAUUCGGUCGAGUAUUAUCUUAUUUGAAUCUUAGGUUUCAAUAGGGUGAUGGUGUUGCAAAUAGUAAGCUCAGUAGGGCAAUUAUGUUGACCUUAAGUUGAGCGAAGCGCAUGUAAUAAAGUUGAACGAUUUGUAAACAUUGUUUAGGCGUAAGUUUUUUCAUGAUGAUCUGCCAAUAUUGAGGAAAAAAAAAUGACAGCUUGACAUGACUCGCACGUGAUCUGUCAAGAAAAGGCUAUUGAAAAAAGCACCGCUACUUGGAAAUAAGUUAUCUAGAGAAUAAGAGAGUUUUGAUCCGUUACUUAUUUUGCAGUGCAUUUGACAGAAAAAUUCAUAGACGUAUGGAACAGAAAGGGCCGCAGGCUCGUGAGAGUUUGACAGGUCGUUUCGUUUAUGACGUACGCGUAACCAUCUCAGCUCAAAGCGAUUUCGAGAAAACAUCCAAAAAGCGAAGUCUCUUAGUAGAGAAAACCUUCUUCUACGCCUAAGAAUUUAUGUAUGUGAUUUAUUGUAUUUACUUAUGUCAAUUGCUGCGUCAUUAUAAUUGUUUUAAGUGUUUUAUUUAAGCUGAAUUGCCUUGUUAUUAUAUAAACACUAGUUUAUAUUUUAAUUUUAGUUGUAUUUGCUUUAUAUAAACACUAGUUUAUAUUUUAAUUUUAGUUGUAGGGCUUGCAUAAUAAAUUCAACUGAUUUGCUUGUCUCACGGAACAGUUUUGUAAAUUUUUUUUAUUGUUGUAGUAGAUAAGUAGAACAAACAGAAAUAUUGAUAUAUCAAUAAAAACUUCCCAGCUGAUAGAAAAAGUAAAAAAAAAAUAAAAGCAUUUUCCACAA